AUGAGUCUAAAGAAUGACAAGUUUCCUUCCUCGGGAGCCUUUGAAGCUAUCAACGAGGCUUUACAAAGCGAAGCCGACCGAAAAGACGCUAUCAAGCAAGGCAACGCCAUCUUCGCCUUUAACAUAAAGAAUAAAGCCGGCGAGACCGAGAGUUGGCAUAUCGACCUCAAAGAGAAAGGUACCGUCGCUACGGGUCUAGGCGAGAAGCCAACAGUUACUCUAUCGCUUUCGGACGAAGACUUUGGCAAGCUCGUAACUGGUCAGGCUAAUGCGCAACGACUUUUCAUGUCCGGAAAGUUAAAGAUUAAGGGCGACGUGAUGAAAGCGACUAAGCUACAACCUAUCCUAGCUAAAGCACAGACAAAGGCGAAGCUAUGA